AACAAGCGAUUCCAUCACUCUGCACUACGAUACAGAUUUUCCGACGACGAUGAUGCUCAGAAUCCGCAGCCGUGACGGCCUCGAACGCCUCCAAAUCGACGAUCCCCACACUACAAUUGGCCAAUUCAAGUCCAUAAUCGAGACCCAGCUCAAAAUUCCCAUCCAUAACCAGACCCUUUCCACCGAUCAAAACCUCCUCUUGGCCAAGACCUCUGAUGACCUCCUCCGGUUCACUGACAUGGCUGAUCCUACCACACCCAUGUCCGCCCUCAACCUCUCCCAUGGGUCAAUCGUCUUCCUCCACUACUACGGUGAACGCACCGUGGCCGGCGCCCCUACCUUCAGCCCCGCCGGCUCAUUCGGCCGUAAGAUGACCAUGGACGACCUUAUUGCCAAGCAGACUAGGAUCACCCGCCAGGAAUCCCCACACUGCGAUGCUGCUUCCUUCGACCGCUACUCCGCCAAUGGCUUUCAGAGCUACGUCAAUGAAACACUUGCAUUCGCAUCCAAACGCGGAGGGUUCCUCUACGGCAGAGUUUUGGAAGAUGGCACGGUCCAAGUGGAUUUUAUUUAUGAGCCGCCGCAGCAGGGUAUGGAGGACGACUUGAUUCUUUUGAGGGAUCCUCAAGAGGAAAAAGUGGUCGACACUAUUGCUGCAGGGUUGGGGAUGAGCAGAGUGGGUUUUAUAUUCAGCCAGACGAUAUUGCAGGACAAAAAAGACUAUAACUUUUCCAACAAGGAGGUGAUUCAGGCGGCAGAACUGCAUGCUGAGAGUGGGCUGAAGGAGUGGGUUACCGUUGUGGUGAAGCUCAUGGUGAAUGAGGAUGGGGAUGCGGAUGUGCACUUCGAGGCUUUUCAGAUGAGCGAUAUGUGUGUUAAGUUAUUUAAGGACGGGUGGUUCGAGAGGGAGUUUGAGGAGAAUGAUGAUCCCAAGCUGUCCAAGAUGAAGAAAGAAGUGGUCGUUGGUGGGAAGGAUGUGAAGGAGGUUGAUAACGAUUUCUUCUUGGUAGUGGUUAAGAUUGUGGAUCAUGAGGGCCCUCUUUCCUCAACCUUUCCAAUUGAGAACCGAAAUACCUUCGUGACAAUGAAGGCAUUGAAAAGUCAUCUAGACCGAACAAAGAGUCUUCCAUUUGUGAAGCGAAUUUCUGAUUUUCAUUUGCUGCUAUUUCUGGCCAAGUUCCUUGACCAUAGUUCUGAUAUUCCUACAUUGACAGAGUGUGUUCACUUGCAAACAGCAGUACCAGAAGGUUAUCAGCUUCUGAUUGAGUCCAUGGCAAAUUCAUCUUGAUGUUGCUUGCAUGCCUCUUCAGGGAUCAGAGACACUUACAUAUGUGAUGGCAUCAGUUGCUUUCUUGUGGUUUCAUAGUUUGGACAUGAAAGCAAUCUGCCAAUCUACAUUGAUUUCAACACAUCCCCUGUUGUCAAGGUGGACGUUUGCCAUUUUAGUUUGAACUUUGAAAAAUUGUUGUAUGCAUUGGCAUUACUCUGUGUUUUAGAUAAAGUUUUAAAUGAUAUGAUGAUUAAUCAGGUUUCUAUAUCUAUCAGAAGCAGCACUGUAUAUUUCAUUU